GCGACCCAGGCGACCCAGGCGAUGGCAUUUGUGUCUCUCCAAUCGGACUUCCGUGAUCCCAAGAGCCACUUGACCCAUUUCUGCCAUCGAUACUGCCAAAGACCCAUCGUUCAUGGCGAUGUGGAGUACUUCACAUAUGAGUUGAGCGAGCAGUUCCAAGCUGUCGUGAUCCUGCACUGCAUGAAGGGCAAUGCCUUCCCUGGCCGUGUCAGCAGCAACCAGAAAGAGGCAGAAUGGUCAGCUGCAGAGCAGGCGUUGAAAGCCUUCACUUCAUUGACAGAGAUGGUCUUGCUUCCGGAAGUGAAGGAGAUGUUGCGGUCAAAACAUCAGGUGAGGAGUCGAUGGCAGAUGGCCGCUGUACCGGAGAUGCGAAGACAACUUCCAUGA